GGAUCAGCUGUGACUCAAACCGGGCCAUAUUCAAAGAUUAUAGAUUGCUAUAUUUAAAGAUUACAGAACAGCAGGCUAGGAAAAGUAAUUUGCUAUGCCUCGCACUUUAAGUCGCACACUAAUCAAGAAAUAUGAAUGUGGAUCAAAGAUUAAUUGCGCGCCUAUUGCUGGCGAUUCUAUUGACUUCCUUGAUGACUACCAUUUUAAUGGGCAAGCAGAUACACAGAAGAAUAGUGGACUCCAUGGUAAACACAAUCGGCCAAAAGGAGAGUUUCUUUGAAACAGAGCUUUCGAAGGCGGCGGUGCCAGCCAGGCUGCUUCCAAAGAGGAAGAUCAGUCCGCAGAUCGUGAUUUCCCCAGGAAUACUGAUCUUAAAUGAAACCGAAUUGGACAUAUUAAGAAUCCAGCGCAACAAAAGCUUCCACCUGCCCAAGCAAGAAGCUAUUAGGGAGUGGCAGGAUGGGCUCUCCUUUAAACAGGAUAAUAGCCGCACCGGAUUGGGUGAGCAGGGAAGAGCAGCUGAGUUACCACAUGCAAAGGAAAGUAAUGGUAUAAAAAGCCUCUACGAGCUGCAGCUCUCCGAUCGCAUUUCCCUCAACAGAUCCUUGCCGGAUACCAGACCUAAAAGAUGCCGGAAACGCCAGUAUCUGGAGAACCUACCCAAUGUGACUGUAAUAAUGGCCUUUCACGAUGAACAACUCAGUGUGUUGCUGAGAUCCUUGACGAGCGUAAUCAAUCGCUCUCCUGCGGAGUUACUCAAGCAGAUUGUCCUCGUGGAUGACGAUAGUAGUUUGCCAGAAUUGGAACAACUGGAUGAUUUGGUGGCUCAAAACUUUGCCAGCAUCGUCCAGAUCAUUAGGCUUUCAGAACGACGUGGUUUGAUCAAAGCGAGGAUGGAGGCCGUUAAGGUGUCCAGCUGCCAAGUCUUGGUCUUUCUAGACUCCCACAUCGAAGUCAACACCAAUUGGUUGCCGCCCCUGCUGGAGCCUAUAGUUAUAAACCAACAUAUAGUCACCGGUCCCAUUGUGGAUGUCAUCUCACACAAGACAUUUGCGUAUACGAAACAAAGUCCGAUGACCCGCUCAGGUUUCAACUGGUGGCUAGAGAAUGAGAGACUACCCCUUCUUCCCGAAGAUAAAAGUCCAGAUUCCACGCCCUACCGCACACCGGUUUUAUCAGGAGCCGUGGCGAUUGACAGGAACUACUUCCUGCAGCUGGGAGGAUUCGAUGAGCAGCUGGACACUUGGCACGCCGAGAAGUUCGAGCUCAGCUUCAAGGUCUGGAUGUGUGGUGGAAUGAUGCUGUAUGUUCCCUGCUCCCGAGUGGGUCACAUCAACAGAACACCCAUGCAGUCGAUUAGUAGUGCAAGGAACUAUAAUUUUCUGCCCAGGAACUACAAGCGAGUAGCUGAAGUUUGGAUGGACACAUAUAAGAAGUAUGUGUUCGACAAGAAGCCGAAGCUCUACAAGCUGGCGAAUGCUGGGCUGCUUUCCAAAAGGAAGACCCUAAGAAAGGCUCUGAAGUGCAAGACCUUCUAUUGGUACUUGACAAAGGUGGCUCCGGAUUUUCUGAAAAGGUAUCUAGCGUUGGGUUCGCCAGCGGGCUUCUCCGGGGUCAUUGAAAGUGUGGCUUUCCCUGGAUUCUGUGUGGACUCCCUGGAUCGCAGACAUACGAAACCAGUGGUUUUAGCCCGGUGCACUGGGAAUAAAUCAAAGCCCGAGGAACAUCAGGAUUGGUCCUUAACGAAGGAUCAUGAGAUUCGCCCGACGAAUAGUAAAUAUGAUUGCUUGGAAGCGCAGGGCCUUAAGUCAAAAUCCUUGUGGCUCUUUCACUGCCACAAAAACGGCGGAAAUCAGUACUGGUUCUACAACCGCCGUCAGAGGUGGCUCCAACAGGGACAACUGUGGGUGAGGUGCCUGGAAGCCCACCUGCCCAAUGGCCAUAAGGUUGGCAAGGUUCUGGCCAAUAAAAUCUGCGAUAGAAAUCAACUUGAGCAGCAGUGGAAAGUGGGGCUAAGUGCCCCCUAUGAUCCACAAAGGGAGCCCAGUUAA